UAUAAUAUGCAAGCUAAUUUAUAACAUUGAUGCAAACUGUUUGAUUGAUGAGAAAUCACCAUACAGAAAACUCAAAAAUGGCCUGUUUAAGUACUCAAAAGUCACGGAAUGGGUAUGGAAAAAAUGGAAAACGAAGAGAAACGAUUUCGUGUGGCGCAAAAAUCUAAUGCAAAUACUAAAAUCCGGAGACAAGUCAGAACUAAGCAUUUUAAUGAGAGCUUUAACGGAACCGUGUGAUCAAAAUGAUGUUGAAAUUCAUGAAAUGAAGACUUUGGAGAAAAUUUUACGUAUAUUGAUCGAUAAAUUGAGACAAUUGUCGUCAACUUUAAUUUUUUGUCUGUAUGAACUUGCCAAAAAUCCAACGGUACAAGAAAAGUUAAGAGCUGAACUGAGAGAAAAUUUCUCAGAUGAUUGUUCAUACUUAAUGGAAACAAAUACUUUUUUGCACAACGUGAUUCAAGAAACUUUACGUCUUCAUCCAAUUUCGAGUGUUCUGAGGCGAGACUGUGACUUUCCCGAUGAUGAGGAGGAAGGAUAUUCGUUGGCACCCUUCUACAAAUAUAAAGUCCCGCGUAAAAUGCCGUUUUUAAUACCGGUUCAUGCGAUACUCAGAGAUGAAAAGCUCUUUACAAAUGCAGACAACUUCAAUCCAGAUAGAUACUCGGAAAAAAUUCACGAAAUUCUCCCGUUAUUCUUAAGUCAUCAUUUAGAAGGAUCAAAUACGACAAAAUUCGUCGUUGCUGUCAUAAAGCUUUUCAUUUGCAAUAUUAUUCGUAAUUUUAAGAUUAACUUAUCUGAUGACCAGAAUGACUCCAUUAACUACAAUCCAAUGUCAGUCAUGCUUCUACCAAAUGAUCUAAUUUUAAUGUUUCUUGAACAAAUAUAGCAACUAGUCGAUUUGAAUAAGAAAAAUUUUAAAAACGUGUAUAAUCUUACGUAAGAAAGAAUAUAUUUAUUGUCAAUUGUAAACAAAAAAAUUCGUAUUGAAACAAGUGUUUAUUAUCUUCAAGGCGUAUUCGUAAAAGUACGUGGUGACUCAUCACAGAAACAAAUCAUUAUCAAUCGCUUAUUCAUAAAAAAAUCUUUUAGGAAAUGCACUUAUUCGUCACCUUUUGGGGCACGCAAUCCCCCAAGAUGACGUUUUCCGAAUUCUUCUUUGGUUAAAUCGGAAAAUUGAUUGAUUCCCAUGCUCCAAGUGACUUCGCCCUUUUCGAAUUUUUUAUUGUGCUCCUCGACGUCUUUGACAGCUUGGAAGUAAAUCGCUUUUCGUUUUUGUUCCUCUUCCUGGUCUGCAUACUUCUUCUCAAAUUUGACUUUGUAGUCUUCCCAUUCUUUGUGUUGAUCGUCGGUGUAAGACAUUCUGAGGCAGAAACUGCAAUUUUAAAGAAUUUGUGAAGGUAGAGAACGUAUUGAAUUGACAAUUUAGCAAAUAGCUGUCACUUGUUUUGUGUUUAGCUAUUCAGUAGGUUUCAAAUCAAUCAAAUAUUAUUUAAAUUUUGAUUAAUCAGUUAAUCAACCAAUUAGAAAAAUAAUUAUCUAUGAUAUUAUUAAAUCGACUUCAAGUCAAAUUUUGCAAAUUUUAUUUUUCCACAACAAGAAUGAGCAACAGUUGCACAGUGACUCUUAGACAAGGAACUAUUGUGGGUUCCGAAAGUCUCUUGCCCAAUGGUAAAAAGUUUUAUAGCUUUAAAGGAGUGCCCUAUGCUCAACCACCUAAGAGAUUUCAAGCACCUUUACCAAUAACGUCGUUCGGGGAGAAGGUCUUACAAUGUACGGAAGAAAGGGCAGUUGCAGUCCAGAGAGACAUGUUUGGGUCGGAAUACAUUGGAUCAGAAGAUUGUCUAUUUUUGAAUAUUUACACUCCAGCUUUAAAUGGGAAAAAGUUGCCUGUUAUGUUUUGGAUUCAUGGUGGAGCAUUCAAUAGUGGCAGUGGAAACUCAGAUUUAUACUCACCCGAAUAUUUGGUGCAAGAAGAUGUCGUGGUUGUCACUAUCAACUAUAGAUUAGGACCUCUGGGAUUUUUGUAUCUUCCGAGUGCAGGUAUUCAUGGAAAUUUCGGACUAAAGGAUCAACUUCAGGCAUUGAAAUUCGUUAGUCAAAACAUCGAAACGCUUGGCGGAGACAAAGAUAAUAUCACUCUUUUUGGCGAAAGUGCCGGAGGGGCUUCCGUUAACUUUCAUUUUUUGUCUAAGGAGUCCAGAAAAUAUUUUCACAAAGCCAUAUGCCAAAGUGGCGUAGUGAUGAACGAUUGGGUCCUUCAAGUUGCUCCCGUUGAAAAAUCAUGCAAAUUGGCCAAAUUAUUAGGUUGUAAAGAUGUAACGGAUCAUCAAAAGGUGCGCGAAACACUGUUAAAUGCAUCAGCUGAAGAUAUUGCACGUCAAGCAAAUCAUACAGUUAGCGAAGAUGAAAAGCGCAGAAGUUUUAUAAUGCCUUUCAGACCAGUUGUGGAAUCGCAAAAUACAGUGGAUCCUUUUGUCAAAGAACAUCCAUUGAUAACAAUUCAACGACAGGAUACUCUUUCGGACAUUCCACUCAUUUCAGGAGUGACAGACAUGGAAGGAAUGAUAAUGCUGAAAGAUUGUUUGAUGAAAACCAAAAGCUUCAAUGAGGAUUUUUGCAAAUACAUUCCAAUGUCCCUUAACGUGCUUCCAGAUUCAAAAGAGGCUGUUGCAACUGGCAAAACAAUUAAGGAAUUCUAUUUUGGAUCAAAAGCUCUUGAUAAUUCAACUGAAAAAGAAAUUUGUGAAUUUAUGACAGAUUUUCACUUUUCAUUCCUUCAUUACAUGCAUGCCGAGCUGAUGGCUAAGCAUCAAAGAGGAACAAAGCAAUAUAUUUAUCGUUUCUCGUUUGAUGGUGAACUCAAUAUGUUUAAAAAGUUUUACGCUAAGACACCUGUUAAGGGAGCUUGCCAUGCUGACGACAUUUUUUACCUUUUCAACAUGACCAUGGCUCAUGUUCCGGUUGAAGAAAACAGUGAUGAAGCUGUAAUACGUGCCUCUAUGACAAAACUUUGGACGAAUUUUGCAAAAUAUGGUGAACCAACACCAAAAAACACUAAUUUAGGAUUCAUUUGGGAGCCUGUUGAUCAAGUGGAUCCACUUAAAUGCCUUGAUAUAAAUAAACCGUGUAAAUUAGUGACAAAUCCCGAUGAUCGUAGAAUACAAUUUUGGAGAGGAAUUUACAAAAAAUGGAAUAAAAGCUCUAUACAUCCAAAAUUAUAAUAUUAUAAUAUAAAAAAUAUAAAAUUAAAAUUAUAAUACGGGAGAAAUGUUCAAUAAACGAAUUUUUUAAACUACAAGCAUUACCAGA